CAAGAUGUACAUGAGCUUCGGCUUCCUCGCCCUGGUUCUCGCCCUGGUGGCCACGGUGGACGCGCUCCUGCCGGCGCGCGCGGCGUCGCUCACGCAGGCCGACAGGCCCAACGGCGGCCACCGCGCGCCAGCGGCACUGAUGCAAGCCGACAGGCCCAACGACUGGUACUACGACAACGUCGAGUUUAUGAACGAGCCCUUCAAGUUCAUCGCGGAGCACCCGCAGGAUUUUUCGCCUGCGAUGCAGGCGAUGGCUAAGUACCAGUUCAUCACGGCGGAGGACAGCCGGCCUUUGGGCGACCUGCCGAUGUACUGGAACGAGGGCGACCAGCUGCGUCAGUCGCUCCUGCAGAAGAGCCGGGUGGCCGACGACCUUGCCCGGGUCAUCAUGACGGCCGACCUCGAAACGAUGGGCAAGCUCGCCGCGGACGCAAAGUUUGCAGAAAAGAAGGAGCUCUUCCAGCGUCUCGCGGGGCUGCCAAAGGACAACCGCGGCAUGCUCGCCAUUCACGAGACAAUCAAGGGGAUGAACGCAGCCGGCAAGCUGCCUGCCCUCGCCGCCUUCCCGGGCGACCUCGAAUACGCAGCGAUGAAGGUUGCAGAGGCGAACGCGGCGCUGCGGCUGCUCGACGAAAAGUACACGGCGCUCUUCCUUGCCGUGCGCGUCACCGACAAACUCUCGGGCGCGGCGGCGCAGAUGAAGGAGGGCGGCAGAGGGAUGCCGCAGCAGCCGAGCCAGGGCCAGUCGGGCAUGGGUGCUGCGCAGCCACAGGGCCGGGGAGGUGUGCCUCCCGGACCGGGCGGUGGAAGGAGCGACAUGCCUUCGCAGGCAGGCACGCGGCCCGGCUUCUCCUCGCCCUUCGGCGCGCCUCAGCAGGGCUACGGCGGGCAGCAGGGCCUCGGCGGCACGGGGGGGGCGCCGCCGGGCGGGCAGGGGCAGGGCGGGCCGGGGGUUAGGAGGGGGCGCUACGACUGAAGGACCCGCCCAUCCUCUUUGUUCGCCGCAGUCCUCUCCACACACGCUGGUCGCUGUCAGCGCGAGAGCGUGACACGGGGAUGCCACGGAGCCCUCCGCGACACACGGAUGGUCUCAAUUCUCAGAGAGCCACACGCGCGGCCGAGGCGUGCCGGCGCCCGGCGGAGACCCGGUGGUGUCUGGUGAAAGAAAUCGUGAUCAAACCAAUCGUGACGCUUCCUAAAGAACUGUUCAGUUUUCAAA